CCCCUUUCCCCCUUACGUAAUCAUAAUGCAACUUUGUAGUAUUAAAAUCCUCUCCUUUGUCUCGUCCAAGUUUGCUACUACUACAAUACACACCAACUAGCAAAAAUAUAGUACCAAUGUUAUUGAUGUGACGAGUAAGAUGUUAUAACUAGAAUGAUGGUAUCAGAUAACGGAGAUAAUAAACCAAGAGAUCUCUUUCAUAAGAGAGUUCUUAAAUCUUACCAUAGAAGACAGCAAAUACAUCAACGUAUGACUACUUCUUCUGAUGAAGAUCAAGCUGGUUGCGGCGGUUUUGUUCCAAAAAAACGGUUCCGUGCUAGAGAAAUAAAUGAACCGAUUGAUAAAAGUUGUAAAACUGAGUCGAGUUCGAAGAGUAAUAGUAGUAAUAGUAGUAGUAGUAAUGUUGUUGUUUCAACCUUUGAAGCUCCACCAGAGAAAGAAGAAUUGAAGUACGGAGUUAUAUCAAUGAUAGGGCGGAGGAGGGUGAUGGAAGACGCUAUAACGGUGGCAUUACGGGUGGCAAAUAACGAGUUUGUGUUUUUUGCGGCAUAUGAUGGUCAUGGAGGGUCUAGGGUUUCACAUGCAUGUCGUGAUCGUUUGCAUUAUUUUCUUGAGGAGGAGUUAUUACAGAAUAAGAGAAAAGCGAAGAAUAAUAAUAAUAGUAAUAAUAAUAGUAAUAGUAGUAGUAGUAGUGUGGAUUGGGAAAAGGUGAUGGUGAAGUGUUUCUUGAAAAUGGAUGAUGAUGUGAUGAGAGAUGGAAAUGGGGUAGGGGGCUAUGAGGUGGGGGGGUUGGAGGAGGCGGAGGUGGGGUCGACGGCGGUGGUGGUGAUGGUGGGUAAAGAAGACGUGGUGGUGGCUAAUUGUGGUGAUUGUAGGGUUGUACUUUGUAAUAGUGGUGUUGCUAUUCCUUUGUCCAAUGACCACAAAAUUCAAGUAGAAGAGAAGAGUAUAAAGAAGAAGGAUUCCAGUAGAUCAAGAAUCAGCCCUGAUAGACCAGAUGAGAAGAAAAGGGUAGAAGAUGCAGGUGGUAAGAUUCUAAAUUGGAAUGGUAGCAGAGUCCAAGGAGUCCUUGCUACUUCAAGAUCCAUUGGUGAUCAUUAUCUAAAACCAUAUGUGAUACCAGAGCCAGAAGUGACAGUGUACAAACGAAACGAAUGGGACGAAUUCCUAGUAAUCGCGACGGAUGGUUUAUGGGAUGUUGUGUCCAACAAGGUAGCCUGCGAAGUCGUAAAAAAAUGUCUGGACGGACAAAUUCGGAGGAGUUUCCCCGAAAGAGAUUGUGCGGCGGAAGCCGCCACACUUUUGGCAGAGCUGGCCAUUGCUAAGGGAAGCAAAGACAACAUAAGUGUCAUAGUAGUUGAGCUCGAUAAAAUGAGUGACAUUAAAGUUUCCUUGUGAUGUUUUCCUAAGUUUUUAUCUUGUUCAAUUUUCCCCACAUUAGUGUUUGUUUGUGUUAAUUCUCUUUGGUGUCUAGUUUGCAAAGGUUGAGUGACAGAAUUGGUUGGCAAGUCCAAUGUUGUACAGUUUGAGAAAGGUGUUUUAGGUUAGUUGAGAAUGAUGAGACCAAUGUACAGGUACUAGAAUGUUUGGGUUUAGUCUCAUAUUGCAAUAACAUUUUGUUACUUAAA